GCCCGAACAUGUUCCUGCAUGACAAUGCCCCUGUGCACAAAGUGAGCUCCAUGAAGACAUGGUUUGCUAAUAUUGGUCUAGAAGAACUCGAGUGUCCUGCACAGAGCCCUGACCUCAACCCCACUGAACACCUUUAGGGUGAACUGGAACAACGACUGCGCCCCAGGCCUCCUCACCUGAAUGAGCACAAAUCCCCACAGCCAUCCUUCAAAAUCUAGUGGAAAGUCUUCCCAGAAGAGUAGAGGUUAAUAAUAACAGUAAAAGGAGUCUAAAUCUGGAAAAGGAUGCUCAGCAAGCACAUAUGGGUGUGACGGUCAGGUGUCCACAAACUUUUGGCCAUAUCUCGGCAUAUACUCAGUUAUCCAAUGGUCCAAAAACACAUUAUUCUUUUUUAAUUAUAGUUUUGGUAAGAUUCAAUAAAAAACCUUUUAUGACAACAAAAUAUUUAUGCUGUUUAAACUCAUGUGAGAAAAAAAUGUAAGCCACUCUGUGAUAUAUAAAUGUCUAUGGCAUGUUUGCUCCUGUGAUACCAAUUAAAGUGUUUUUUUAUGUCUAUAAAAGACAUCUGGUGAACAGAUCCAGUAAACUUGUGCUAUGCUAUUUGAAGCAUGUGUUUGCACAAAGAAAUAAAAACAUUUAUCUGCAGUAGAUAUAGACUUUAAAAUACUGCUGUAGUACUGCAUAAGGCUGUACAACCGCUGGGCUCAUCACUUGGCAAAGAAAAUGAAAGGGAUGGUUUAAAAAAAAAAAAAAAAAGGAGGAGCACACAAAGCUGUUCCAGAGAACUGCCCCUUUCACGUCAGUAAACCGGCUUAGGCUGCCGUUACACACCUGAACCUCUGCUUACUGAGGAAUAACUGCCUGUUGUGUAUGUUACGAGGAGCCUCAGCACAGCACUGCGCACUCUGAAUGGAAACAAGAGGAUUUCAUACACAAACUGUAAACAGCUCAUCUGGAAAGGAAAUGUCCACUUGGAUUUCCACGACAUGGACUUUCUGACAUUUUAUUUGCUCCUCAGUUUUAGCUGCACUUCAGCAUGUGUUCCUGAGGAAGAAGAGGUCAAGAAUGGCUGAGUCUCUGGUUACGUCAUCUACAGUGAAAAAUGAAAGAUGAAUCAAACCAACUGCACCGAGUUCAAAUACCUAGCAUACACUAUCACCUAUACCAUAAUGGUUCCAGUUGGAUUUUUCAGUAAUUUGGCUGCUCUGUUUGUGUUCCUGAGGCAGACAACUAAGAAGACACCCAACACUGUGUUCAUGACUAACCUGGCUAUUUCUGAUGUUUGCUUCUCCUUAACGUUGCCCUUUCGCCUGAUUUACUACUUUAGGGAAUGUCACUGGGAUUUUUGGGACUGGCUGUGUCGCUGGUGUGUGUACUCUUUCUAUGUGAACCUCUAUACCAGCGUGCUGUUUCUCACGAGUCUAAGUGUGCUGCGUUAUCUCGCUGUGGUGCACCCCAUUCGAAGUAAGACCCUGGUGACUAUUCGGCGGGCCAGUUUGGCGUGCUUUUGCAUUUGGGUGUUCGUAGCGAUCAUGUCCAGUCCUUUCCUGAUGAGAGGGACUAGGGAGGAUAACGGGAAAACAAGCUGUUUUGAAAUUAAAAACACGACAGACUGGAAACGAGUACAACAACUCAAUUAUGUGGGACUGGUCUUUGGCUUCUUGAUCCCAUUUAUCAUCAUCCUGGGCUGCUAUGGGUGCAUCAUCCAAAGACUAUUUGCCAAUUGGAAGUUACACAAUCGAAGGCAGAGCCAGCGCCGGCGCUCUCUGUACCUAAUCGUUGUGAUCCUCAGCACCUUCCUGCUGUGCUUUGCACCAUACCAUAUAGUCCGCACACUUCAUCUGCAUGCCGCUGUAUCAGGGAACACAGAGCGGGAGACGUACCUGCUCAAGAUUUUGGUCAUCACUCUGUGCAUGGCUGCAUCCAACAGCUGUCUGAACCCCCUCCUAUACUAUUUCGCUGGGGAGAGCUUCCGAACCUCCUUUAGAAGGGCCUCACGGCGCAUGACAAUCAGCUCGUUAAAUGAUAGUAUACGCCUGUCACGAUAUUCAUGGAUUCAGAGGAACAGAUCAGGAAGCCAGAGGAGGAGGUGUCAGUCUACAGACACUGUCCUGGGACCAGAGAAAAAGUUGAACUUAGAUAAUCAGUAAAGAGAAAUAGAAAUGUCAAACUAUAUUUAGCCUAUAGACUCAAGAAAACAUAUGAAGUAAUCUUUAAAGAGAGACUGAUGCUGUAUUUUCAGGUAACUUAUUCUACUACCACCUUUCAGUGACAUAAUAGAAAAUAUUUGUCAAAAACAGUGGCAUCAGAGAUGCUGCCAUGUGCCAGAGGAAGCAGUUAAUGAAAAAUUUUCUAUAUUUAUUUCCUAGUAAGUGGAGGCAUAAAUUAACUUUUCCAGUUCCAGGCAAUAUCUAAAUAAAAAUGCAAGGUAGAUGAAAUUAUGUUACAGGCCCAUCUUACUAAGCAUUAAUAUUUCCACUGUGUUUGUUUGUUUGAAAUCUAUAGUUCUCCAUCACUACAUUGACAUUCAUGUACCACAGUAAUUUAUUUAUUUAUUUAUUGUUACUUUUGGAACUGGCUAAGAGUUUCUAUCAAUCAAUCAAUCAAUCAAUCAAUCAAUCAAUCAAUUGAUUGAUUACAUUUGAUUAUGAACCUUGAAUUAUUUAGCUAAAUGACAAAAUUCACAAAUGUCAUAGUUUUACAUUGAGAAAGGUGUAGAAAGACUUAAGGUUUUAAGGUGUGCAUCACAAAAAUGUACUGAAAAUCCAUAAUUUGACCUGAUACUGAGAUACAUGCAGUUACAGUGGCUGAGCUCUUCCAUUGUCUUUAUAUUGAGAUCGUGUGACACUAUAAUUGCACACAGGUAGUUCAGCUAAUUACAUGACUUAGGAUAGCAAGUGGUUGCUAAUUUAGGGCAUUAAUUGCCACAGAGAUCACAACUUUUGCGAUUUUUUGUACAUAAUUUUGCAUACUACACACUGAUACAUUGAUCCCCCAUUUCACUAUAUUAUUAUUAUUAUUAUUAUUAUUAUUAUUAUUAUUAACAACAAAUUCUGCUUAAUUUAUCAAAAGCUGGAGAUUUUAUUUAAACCUAUCCCUCCACCCUCAUAUAUGCAUUAGGGUUGAAUCAAUACACAAAAAUCAAAUUCAUUACUCUACAGUAUGGUGAUGUUUUUAUACAAUAACAUUUUUUGACACAACAAAAAUAAACACUGCCUGAAUAUGUGCCGUAGGUUUCCAUUUUCAAUUGAUUGAAACUUAAUAAUGACAGUAUUUGUGCAAUCCAUUCAGCAUAUAAUGAAACAAAAGCUGUGCAGUAGACACAUUGCAUUGCACUGGUAGGAAGGGUUGCCAGGUCUCAACAAAAUUUUUAUUCCAACCUCAACCAAAAACUGCACAAAUAGCUGGAACUAUCCCCCAAAAAUUGGGGAACUGGAAAAAGAAGUCAUAUUUUAUUUCUAUCUAUGUUGGAAAAUUCACCAUGGCACAGACAUAUUUCUGAUUUGUUUUUUUUUUUUUGUUUGUUUGUUUUUUCAAAACUAACCCAAUUAGGCGUCAAAUCUCCAGCUAUCAAUGAAAGCCACGCCGUCACUUAGCUCUCUCUACUUCAAAUGUGUAUUUGAAUUCUACAUUCUCCACUUUCUAAAUAUGAACUUCCCAAUCACCACUGUAAAUUCUUAAAACCCGGACAGGAGAAUCCUCUACUGAUAUGAGAAAAAGAUGAAGCUUUUUUUGGGACGGAGUGUGGGCUUGAAUACAUUUAAAUGUUUAUUAGACCUCACAUAACAUAAGCAAUAUUUUAUGAUGAAAAGCCUACUUUGUUAUGCACUCUGUUGAAUGAAUUAUUUGAUAUGCAGACAUACGAAAUUUUGAGCCAUGUACUAAACGAUACAAUAUACCAUAUCCUUACAGCCCUAAUAAGCAUGUAUGAAUAGUUGAUAGUUGAUAGUUGAUAGUUGAUAGUACUAUAUAUCAGGUUUUCCUGAGCUGAAAUGUUUCCAUUUUGCAUGUAUCCCAACCUGAAGUUUCGAAAUCUAGUAACUCCGAAAAGUGAAAAAUUAGAAAAGAUUUCAUUCCCGUUCCUUCAUUCCAUUUCCUCCAAUCUACAUUUAUUACUUAUGGAAAGGAUUAUACGUUUACAAUGUCAUCCACAUCAGUCUCAUCACUGAAGGUACACUUGCAGCAUUUUGUUGUCUCUUUAUUCAACAUAUCACUAUGAUCAGUCUUACAUUGGUGGGUAAAUAAUCACUGAUUAAUUCAGUCAGUUUUGUUCUGUUAACUAAAUUUAUUGUUAUUAAUGUGUUUUUAUAAACGUUAACAUUUUAAAACUUGUCUGCUGUCGUCUGUACAGAGGGUGUAAAUGCUAGUUUCUGUUUUGAUGAUGUGAUGGCACAGGAACACAGUGCAUAAACUGAUAGCUGCUAUCUGAUUAUGGACUGAUUAGGCCUAUGACUGUUUUGCUAAUGUAUGUAGGUAUCCAAAAACUUUGUCAGAUCGUGAGAAAGUCACACUUACCUAGAAAGGUUUUAGACAUCUUUAUACAGUCUGACUGUUUUUACCACUGCAUUUGUUAAACUGACUACUAACCUGAUGUGAUACUGGGUUACUGUAGCCUUUCUGUCAACUUGAACCAGUCUGACCAUUAUCCAGUGAUAUCUCUCAUCGGCAAGGCGUUUCCAUCCGUAGCACUGCUGCUCACCGGAUGUUUUUUUUUCCUUAUAGCACCAUUCUGAGUAAACUCUAGAGACUGUUGUACGUGAGUAUGUGAGUGUUUAUAUAUAUGUAUGUAAGUAUAAGUACAUAUACAUACACACACACACACUGACCGACCACUUUAUUAGGAAAAUCCUGCACAUUCAUGCAGUUAUCUAAUCAGCCAACUGUGUGGCAACAGCACAAUACAAGCUAUCGUACAGCUACAAGUAAAGAACUUCAUAUCAUUCAUCAGAAUGGGGAAAAAGUGUGAUCUCUGUGAUUUUAAGUGUGGCAUGGUUGUUGGUGCCAGAUGGGCUGGUAUUUCAGAAACUGCUGACACCUUUUGUUUGUAAAUGCACUCUUUCUGGGUAAGAGUCUACCAACAUCUAGAUUUGGCCAUUUUAUUCCACUCUUCCUUGCAAAAAUGCUCCACAUCUAUCUGUGAGGUGAUCUCCUGUGCACAGCCCUCUGUCAUCCCACGGGUUUUUGAUAGGAUUUAGAUCUGGGCUCUGACUGGACCAUUCCAAAACAUUAACCUUCUUCCGCAGCCAUACCUUUCUUAACUUGAAUUUGUGCUUUGGGUCGUUAUCUUGCUGGAUGGUGAAAUUUUUCUUCAUUGUCAGCUGGCUAACAGACCUGCAGAUCUUAUGCAAAAAAGAUUGGUAUUUGGAGAUAUCCAUGAUUCUCUCUAUCUUGAGUGGAGCCCCAGUCCCAGCUGAAGAGAAGCCAGUCCUUAGCAUGAUGCUGCCACAACCAUGCUUCAACAUUGGGUGAUAAACUCUCAUGUUUUUUGUUUUUUGCCCCAAACAUACAUUUUACAAUUAUGCCCAAAAAGGUCUACUUUGGUCUCAUCAGAUGAUAACAUAUUUUGCCACAUGGAUUGGGGUGAUUGUAUGUACAUUAUAUGGCUAAACAUUUGGACACCUGACCAUCACACUCAUUUGUGGGUCUUCCCCAAACUGUUGCCACAAAGUCAAAAACACACAUUUGUUUAGGAUGUCUUUGAAUGCGGUAGCUUUAAGAUUUCUCUUCACUGGAGCUAAGGGACCAAACCUGUUCUAGCAGGACAAUGCCUUUAAGAGGAUGGACACUAAAUAUUUGAUUUAGCUUUAAUGUUCACUACUCUAUGUAGCAUUUUUUUUAUAUGUAAAAACUUGAAUUUAUUAUUUUUUGAAGCAAUUUUGCAGUCUUUUGCAGUCAUUCAUGGACUUAAGACCUUUAAGACCUAAAUUAAGAUGAAAUCAUAUAAAAUUGUCAUUCAAAGGUAUUAAUUGAUGGAUAAAGUACAAUUUAAACUAUAUAUACACUCGCCAGGCACUUUGUAAUAGAACACCAUGCUAAUACUGGUAGGACCCUUUGCUCUCAGAACAGCCUCAGUUCUUCAUGGCAUGGAUUCCACAAGGUGAUGGAAACAUUCUUUUGAGAUUCCGAUGCAUGUUUACAUGACUGCAUGUAAAUUAUGGCCAUAAAUGGAUGCACAGGGUCAGCAACAAUAAUCAGAUAGGCUGUGGCAUUCAAACAAAGCUGUAUCGGUAUUAAGGGACCAAUGUGCGCCAAGAAAACACUGGCCACACCAUUACACCAUCAUCAACAGCCUGAACUGUUGAAACAAGGUAGGCUGGGUCAAUGGAUUCAUGUUGUUGACAAAUUCUUACCCCAGCAUCUGCAGAGUGCAGCAGAAAUCUUCAAUCUUCAACUAUCCAGUUUCAUUGAGCCUGUGCCCACUGUAACUUCAGAUUCUUGUUCUUGGCUGACAGGAGUGGAACCUAAUUCAGUCUUCUGCUGUUGUAGCCCAUUUGCCUCAAGAUUUGAUGUGUUGUGCUUUAUGAGGUGCUUUCCUGCUCACUACAGUUGUAAAGAGUGCUUAUUUGAGUUACCAUAGCUUUCCUGUCAGCUAUGGUUUCUGCCUGCAGAACUGCUGCUUGCUGGAUGGUUUUGUUCCACACCAUUCUGUAUAAACUCUAGAGACUGUUUUCUGUGAAAAUCCCAGGAGAUCAGCAGUUUCUGAAAUGCUUAAACCAGACUAUCUGGUACCAAAAAACAUGUUGAGUCAAAGUCACUGCGUCACGUAACUGCAUGAAUAAGCAGGCAAGUACAGGUGUUUUUCUGAUAAAGAGGCCAGUGAUUGUAAAUAUAGAUAGGGGACAAUGGAAAAACAGGCAGCUCUUUCACACUAAAUACAGAGUCAACCUAAGAAUUAUUAAAGAUGGGUUUAAAAAAAUGAUGAAAAAAAAUUAUGUGGAUAAUUUAAUCACACACUGAAAAUGAAAAAUAUAAUCUCCAAUUGAAGUAAAUUUAUUCCAAGAAAAAAAAGCAUUAGCAUAUCAAUGAUUAAGUAAAUUCCCUUUACAAUUAGCUUUAGAUUAUGAAGAAUUUAUUUAAGAAUGUAUUAGUUUAUAUUAAUACACUUGCUCUAUCAUUUGUAUUACAGACAUCACUAUUGUCAGAGUUGUGCUGUUAAUUUUCCAUAACAGCAACUAUGCCAGUAGUGCUGGCUAUAAUUCAAAUGAUAGGCUGCUCAAGUGAUCACAUGUUAUUAAGGUGAGGUGCAUAUACAAGGGUGAGUCAAAUGAAAACUUGCAAAUACAAAUACAUUGGCUUGCAAAUGUAUUAAACCCCCUAGAAUUUUCCAGAUUUGUCUGAAUCACAAAUGAUAAAUGUACAUAUUCUUUCAGUCAGCAUUUUUUUUUUAUUGAAAACUCGUGUUCUCUUUCAGUGAAUUUUCAAAGUCAAAAAUUGUUAUUGGUCAGCAAGUAUUUCAAAGAAAAUUAAAAACUGAAAAAAUGCUGCUUGCAUAAGUAUUCAACCCCCCAGACUCUGGAAGAUGAAAGAUAUUUUCUUAACGAGGACAGACUUGACUAAUAAUUGGCCUUCACUUGUGAAAUAUUAAAACAGCUUCCAUUUUCUGUACAAAAAAACACCUCAAUCGAACUGUCUUUUAAGAGACUUGUCAUUCUGAAGGAAAGGAGUGAAAAUGAAGACUAAGAAGCAUUCUUAAGAAGUUAAAGAUAAGAUAAUAGAAUUUCAUAACUUACGAAUAGGGGGUAAAAUUAUAUCUAAGAGGUUGGACAUCCCAGUAAGCACUACUAGAUCAAUAGUGAGGAAGAGGAAGCUGCCUCACACCACCUAAGCGCACAUCAUCCCUACAGUGAAAUAUGGUGGUGGCAGCAUCGUGGCCUGGAGAUGCUUUUCAUCCUGAGAACCUGAGCUUCU